UUGAUUUGGUGUUCUGUUACCUUAAAUUUCUCUCUAAACGAAUUAGCCAUAAUUAACCAUAUUUACCAAAAGCCUUUAUUAUUGUUGAGCAAGAGGAAUACCCUUUUGCCUCAACCCUUCCAAAGGGCUUGUGGUUUCAUCACCCAGCUUCCCAUGCCUUCAUGUUUUCUAUGCUUCUCUAAGAGUUCCAUCUCCACAUUAACACAAUGGAGAGCAUAAAAACAUGGGUUGCCUUUUUGUUUCUCUCAUGCUUAAACCUCAUCAAUGUUUUUACUUAGCGAUUGUUGUUUUGGUAUACCAAAAUAGUUAUUGUUCUGGUACACCAAAAUAGUUCUACAUUACUUAGAAAUCGAGGUAAAAAGAAACUAGAAAAAUGGAUAAGAAAGCAACAAUUCUAAUGCAAAAAUAUGAAAUAGGACGCAUGCUUGGCCAAGGAAACUUCGCCAAAGUGUACCAUGCAAGAAACUUGAAAACAGGACAAAGUGUUGCCAUCAAGGUGUUUAACAAAGAAAUGAUCAUGAGAGUAGGUUUGAAGGAACAAGUAAAGCGCGAAAUCUCGGGGAUGCGUCUCGUUAGACAUCCCAACAUUGUGGAACUCUAUGAGGUCAUGGCAAGUAAAACAAAGAUAUAUUUUGCAAUGGAAUACGUGAAAGGUGGCGAACUUUUCGACAAAGUGUCGAAAGGUAAGCUAAGGGAAGAUGUGGCUAGGAAAUAUUUUCAACAGCUUAUUGAAGCUGUUAAUCAUUGUCACAAGAGAGGGGUUUAUCAUCGUGACCUUAAACUAGAAAAUCUUCUCCUUGAUGAAAAUGGUGACCUCAAAGUUUCAGAUUUUGGUCUAAGUGCAUUAUUGGAAUCAAAGAAAAAAGAUGGUCUUUUACACACAACAUGUGGUACUCCAGCUUAUGUAGCACCUGAAGUUAUAAGGAAAAAAGGUUAUGAUGGAGAUAAAGCUGAUAUUUGGUCUUGUGGAGUUGUUCUCUAUGUUCUAUUAGCUGGUUUUCUUCCUUUCAAUGAGAAAAAUCUAAUGGAAAUGUAUAAGAAGAUUACAAAAGCUGAUUUCAAGUUUCCGCAAUGGUUUCGUUCCGAUGUUAAAAGGCUUCUCUAUAGAAUUCUUGAUCCUAAUCCAAGAACAAGAAUUAGUAUUGACAAAAUCAUGCAAAAUAGUUGGUUUUUAAAAGGUUAUAACCAAAUUGAAGCACCUAAAUUACCGCCUUUAUCGCCUACACGCGGCGAUAUCUGGGAUGUUCAUAAUGUAUUUGAUUUUGAUUUAUUAUCAUCACCAUCAAGUAGUUCAUAUGGAACUCCAAGUCCAAUGUGUGUUAUUAACGAUGAUGAAUGCAACAUGAAGCCUUAUUGUUUCAAUGCAUUUGAUCUAAUAUCACUCUCUUCAGGAUUCAAUCUUUCAGGCUUGUUUGAGAAAGAUAUGAAUGAAAGAGAGAAUGCAAGAUUUGCUACAAAAAGACCACCUUCAAUAGUUGUGUCAAAACUUGAAGAGAUAGCACAAAUAGAUGGUAGAUUUAAGGUUAUGAAGAAAAAUGGGAUCAUUAGAUUGGAAGGAACUGAGACAGGGCUAAAUGAUCAACUAAGUAUAGAUACAGAAAUUUUUGAAGUUACAUCAUCAUUUUAUAUUGUUGAGAUCAAUAAAAUUGCUGGUGAGACAUUGGAAUAUAGGAAAUUCUGGGAUCAUUAUUUAAAGCCUUCCCUAAAUGAAAUAGUUUGGGUUUGGCAAGGAUAAGAACAGUAUAAUCAAUAGUAGCUUCAAAAAUAUGUUUAUAGGCUCCUCUCUUUUUUGAUAGAAGGUGCUCUUAUAUCAAAUUGUGUUACCAUCUUGUUGCAACUUUCUUCUCAAUUCUACUUCUUUCAUAUAAUUUUUCUUCAUAUAUGAAGGUGAAAUUUCUAU